AUGCAAUACUCAAAAGUCGCUAUCUUGUCCGCCGUCGCUGGUUCAGCCGUCGCUUCAUACAACUCAACUGUCACUGACAUUGCCACCACUGUUGUCACCAUCACUUCUUGUGAAGAAAACAAAUGUACUGAAAUUCCAGUUACCACCGGUUUAACCACUGUCACUGACGUUGACACCAUCUACACCACUUACUGCCCAUUGUCAACCACCGAAGCUCCAGCUUCAUCAGCCGAAGAAUCUAAAUCAACUGUUGCUGCUGAAUCAUCUGCUCCAGCUUCAUCAGCUGAAGAAUCUAAAUCAACUGUUGCUGCUGAAUCAUCAGAAGCUCCAUCAGUCUCUUCAUUCGAAGCCGGUGCUGGUAAAUUGCAAGUCGGUGCUGCUUUGGUUGGUGCUGCUGCUUUGUUAUUGUAA